GGUACGACAACGAUACCACCAUUUUUCGUAUGUGUGUCGUCAUAGUAAGUGUGUGUCGCGCUUUUGUUUUUCGUGUGUUCACGAAGAGUUACGAGAAGACUAGUCUCUAUACGAACCCGAUAGAAGAAUAAAAUAGAAAGAACUGUGAGUGUUUAAUUUGCCGAAGAAACAAAAAUGACAGACGUUAGCAGACAGUUAACAGAAGCCAAACAAGUAAUUCGUUCUAUUUUAAUAACAGCACCUAACGGCUUAACAGUACGUCAGUUAAUAUCGGAUUAUAAGAAACUGAAUGGAAAAGAAUUGCAAUUUAGAGAAUUCGGCUACGCUAAUCCUACGUAUUUCUUACAGUCGAUGCCAGAAGUGGUUAAGUUAGAAUGGUCUCCUUCUAUUCAAGACUUUAUACUGAAAGGAAUUGCCGACGAAUCUACUAAACACAUCGACAGUUUAGUCAAGAGAAGUAAAAGAAGUAAGAAGAAUACACACAAUUUUCCUAAUUCACGUUCUUCUCGUUUUGAUAAGAAUUUAAAAACUUCAAAUGCAAGACCUACAAAACGUUUUGUUACAGCAGAUUUGAAAAAUAAAAUCCAAGAACUUUUAUGUUGCUACAAAAGUGGAAUAUUAUUGAGUAACUUCGAAUUGGCAUUUUAUAAGCGUUUUGGAAUCAAUUUAGACUUAAAGCUAUUAGGAUUUUCUGAUUUAGAAGAGUUUUUGAAAGAAAUGCCAGAUAUUGUUAGAAUGGAAGAAAAUGGUAAAAGAGUAUGUUCCAUUGAUAGUAUGAAGAAAAGGGAGGAAGUAUUCCCUAAAGAUACUAGCAUGAAAACAUUUAAUGAAAAUGAAAGAAAUCAUCAUAACCUUUUAAUUUCAAACAAUAAAACAUAUACUACCAUAGAAAUAACUCCAAAGAAAUCUAAUAAUGAAGAAAAGUAUAAUAAUCAGAGUCUCACAAAUAAAUUGGAAAGUUCUCAAAAUUUAUCAAGUAUAAAGAAUAUUUUAUUUGAAUGUCCUACAAGUGAAAAUAAUGACAUAAAGGAGGAACUUCGUAAGGUAUUGUCAUGUCAUCCUGAUGGAAUCUGGGCAACUGAUUUUAUGAAAAAAUAUGAAGAAAUUUUAAAAAAAGAAUUAAACCUAACAGAAAUGGGAUAUUCAAGCUUAAUUGAGCUAGUUUCAUGCUUUCCUGAUAUAUUUUUUAUCCAUCAGCCUGAGUUAUGUAAAGAUAAUUGGUUGUUAUUGGAUGUAAAUAAUUCUGCAGUAAAAUCACUUAAAGAGGAUACUAAAAAAGGUAUGAUAAUUUUUUAUUUCUAUGUUGUUAUGACAGAUUUUUAUGUUUAUGUAAAGGAUAUUCAACUCAAUCCAAGAUUUAAACAAAAUUUUAUGAUACUUUUAAUGCAUUUUCUUCAUUGGUGUGAAUUUUAUUUGAUAUGCUUUUUUCUUACAUUAAUUAAUAAUUAAAACAUCCUGAAGUGC